AUGCCUUACUCCCGAGAGAGCUCCGAGACUGUCCGCGCACCAGCAUCUAUUGUAGAGACUGGGUCUGCAACUCCUCUCCUUAGCGAAUCUGACUCUGACGACUUCCACUACGACAGUCGAGCCUCUGGACGCCGCAGUGUGCAAUGGGACAGACACGCAGAACCCUCACUAGGAGCAGUGCAACCAGAGGCGUGGACAGACAUUACUGCCAUACGUCAUAGAUUCAUCCGUCAGAUCUUAGGAUUGAACCCUUUCAAAACGUCGUACUUCGCUCUCUACAGGCCACUGGACGACUUCGGUUCAAGAGUUAUUCUAGCAUUGGCGGUUGUAACAGCCAUCUUGGCGGGCUUGCCCAUCCCAUUUAUCGGCAUCAUUCUUGGCAGGAUUAUCAACAACUUCCCUCCGCCUCAAGAUGAGCUCCGAACGCUGUUGGGCUCUCUCAUGAUAGUUGCGGCGUGCUACUUCAUAGUCACAUGGGUAUGGGCUGUAUCGUGGGCUGUGGUUGGCGAGCGAGUGUCUCGUAAGACGCGAGAGCAGCUCUUACAUCGCGCACUUGGAAUGGAUAUGGCCUACUUCGACACUGCUUCGCCCGAUAUGACGAGCAUUCUUACAGAAAAGACGCAAACUAUCCAGCUUGGUACUUCCGAAAAAGUAGGCUUGUUCCUAGCGUCGAUCUCGUACUUUGUUGCUGCAUUUUUCGUUGGCUUCACCCUUAAUGCUAAGCUUACGGGCCUCAUGCUCGUUACUGUUAUCCCUUCGAUGGCCUGCGUUGUUAUAUUUGGCACAAAAUAUGUCGCCAAGUUUACCAAGCAAGCCUCAGCCUGCACAGAGAAGGCCGGUUCUCUUGCAGAAAGUGCCAUUCGAGCUGUGCAGAUCGUGCAGGCAUUCGGCCUGCAAAAAAAGCUGAGCGAGGAACAUGUUCACCAUCUUCGAGCCGCUCUGCGAGCUGGCAUUAAGAAGAGUGUAGCUGGAGCAACAAUGCUUGGAUCCGUCUACUUUGUUGCUUACGCUGCGAACGCCUUGGCAUUCUGGUAUGGUGACCGUCUUCGGAACGGCAGUGCUGAGGCUGGUACCAUAUACGCCGUUGUUUUUCUCAUCUUGGACGCUUCUUUUGUCGUGGGGAGGUUUGGUCCCUUCAUCCAGACCUUCGCAAUGGCGGCAGCUGCAGGGCAAGCGGUCCACGAAAUCCUUGAUUAUCCGUUGUCAGACAUUGAUGUUUACAAUGCUGGAGGGCGGCAGGCCAGCGGAUCACAUUUUGCCAAGGAAAUCAAGUUUUCUGCUGUCUCGUUUGUCUACCCGGCUAGACCGACCGUCAAGAUCCUGAAUGCUGUAGACUUGAGCAUUGCGCCCGGGCAGGUCACAGGAUUGGUAGGUCCCUCCGGCUCAGGCAAGUCUACGAUCACAUCGUUGCUCCUUCGACUCUACGAUCCCACUUUUGGCACAAUCACCAUUGGUGACGAAGACAUCAGAUCGUUCAACAUUCGCAGUCUGCGAUCACAUGUUGCCCUUGUCACCCAGAAUCCAGUCCUCUUCACUGGUACAAUCUACGAGAACAUCAAACACGGAUUGCCACAGAGUGAGGAUAUUUCUGAAGAUGAGGCCUUUACUAGGUGCGUAGCAGCUGCUAACGAAGCCCACUGCGAGUUUCUGGAUCGUCUGCCGGAUGGCAUGUACACAAAGAUUGGCUCAGGUCCCCAUUCACAGUUGUCCGGGGGACAGAAACAACGCAUCACAUUGGCCAGGGCAUUGGUGGGUCGCCCUUCAGUAUUGCUCCUUGAUGAGUUUACCAGUGCAAUGGAUGCGACGAGCGAGGCAAUUGUACUGGAAAACCUGAGGCGUUCUUCGGCGAAAGCUGGGCGAACGACGAUCAUCAUAGCGCACAGACUUGCCACCGUCAGGGACGCCGAUCGUAUUGUAGUGCUGAAGGACGGCGCUGUAGCGGAAGAUGGCCGGCAUGAAAUUCUGGUAAGGGCGAACGGCAUCUACGCGGAACUCAUCCAAGCCCAGCAAUUUGAGAAGAAGGGCCAAUCGUCUGUCGCCUCAUCAGUCUAUUCGAGCCCUCGGCUCUCACAGAAGGAGCAAAAUCACACCGAUGCAGUCGUCAGCGACUCCUCGUCCGAAACCACUACCACAACAGCGAAACCCCCGAACAAAAGUGCCCUUCAACUCAUAUUUAGAUGUCUAGCUCUGAGUCGGUAUGAGAUACCAGCGAUAGCUAUUGGUUUGAUUGCGUCAAUCAUGAGCGGAGGAGUUAUCAUUGGAGAAGCCUUUAUCUUCGGUAACCUGGUGGAGCUCCUCAAUGACACCUCCAAGACGGGCGAGCUGGCCUCGAGAAUCUCCUUCUACUGUCUGUUGUUCUUCCUCCUAUCCGUAGUAGCGCUGAUAUCUCACGGAACCGGGGGUGCGGCUUUUGGCCUAGUAUCGGAGAACCUGGUCCUUCGCGUACGAGAUAUUUCGUUCCGCACGAUCCUGAAGCAAGACAUCUCCUGGUUCUCGAAGCCAGGGCAUUCGCAUCAUGCGCUUAUGUCUAAACUCAACAUGGAUAGCGGCUCAAUCAGCGGACUCUCUGGAGUUAUUUUAGGGACGAUCUUCUCGAUUACGACAUCGGUCGUAGGAGGAACGAUCUUGGCUCAUGUCGUGGCUUGGAAGAUUGCCAUUGUCCUGCUCGCGGCUGUUCCGAUCAUGAUCUUUGCGGGUUUUGUGCGUCUUCGCAUCCUGGCUAUGGCAGAGGAAAACCACCAGAACGCCUACAACGACGCCGCAACACUGGCCUCUGAGGCUACCUCUUCCAUGCAGAUUGUUGCCGCUUUUGGUCUCGAGGACCACUUCCUCAACUCAUAUCGAGAGGCUAUCCGCGGGCCGUAUGAGUCGCAUCUGAAGUUCGCCGUGUUUGGCAACAUCCUCCUUGCGUUCUCGCUAUCAGUAACCUACUACGUGUAUUCUCUGGCUUAUUGGUGGGGAUCUAAGCAAGUGCGUAAGGGUAACUAUAGCCAGAAGGACUUCUUCAUUGUACUGCCUGCAUUGCUCUUCUCUGCUCAGGCUGCUGGCCAGCUGUUCAGUCUGGCCCCAGAAGUCACUCGAGCUAAGACGGCUGCUCAGAGCGUCUUCGCCCUCCACGACGAACGACCUACCAUUCUUACAGACACCGAGUCCUCGGAUACACCAUGUGAGGGUACCACUGUAAACACGGAUUCUUUGCUAUCUGGGCCAUCGGCCAGCUAUGGAACGUUCGGCGUGCGAGGAGAGCUUGAGUUCCGCGGCGUCAGCUUACAUUACGAGACGCGGCCGGAUGUACCGGCAUUGAACAAUGUCUCCUUUCAAAUCAGACAUGGCGAGUAUGCAGCAUUCGUAGGCCGAUCUGGUGCAGGAAAAUCGAGCACUGUUCACCUCAUCGAAAGGUUCUUCGACCCUACAGCCGGCCAAGUCUACCUGGACGGACGCGACAUACGCAAUGAGCCUGUGCAAAACCACCGAGCCCGGUUGGCGUUGGUCGAACAAGAACCCGACUUGUUUCCCGGAAGCGUCAAGUUCAAUAUCGGACUUGGUAGACGACCUGGUGCUGAUAUUAGUGACGAGGACAUUGUGGCUGUGGCCAAGAAAUGUGAACUUCACGACUUCAUCAUGAGCCUUCCGGAAGGCUAUAACACGGAAGUUGGUGCCCAUGGCUCGAAAUUGUCUGGCGGCCAGCGACAGAGGCUAGCUAUAGCACGCGCUCUUUUGAGAGACCCAGAAAUCCUUCUGCUCGACGAAGCUACGUCUCAAUUAGACGCGAAUACCGAGAGGGAGAUUCGAAGGACCAUUGCAGCCGCAUCGAAGGGUCGUACGACCAUAAUGAUAGCCCACAGGCUUGCGAGUGUUCAACAUGCGGACAAAAUCUUCGUCUUCGAUGCUGGAAGGAUUGUAGAACAAGGUAGACACGACGAGCUCGUAGCGGAGGGUGGCAUGUAUUCUGGCAUGGUGGCAGCACAAGAGUUGGACUGA